AUGCCACAUCGACCCAUAAAAGUUGAAUGGAAGCGGCAUGCGAGAGAACGCCUGGGAAACACUCGCGGACUUUUGAGGGGAAUCGAAUAUACAAACCCUCAGUCCUGGGACGCCACAUUGACUGGCUUCCGUCCAAUAUCGGUCAAUUCGGACCAGACUUCGAUCAAAAUUGCUUUCCACUGGUUGCUGACUGAUUCGGUACCGAAAGAAACUGACGGGGAUAAGGAAGGAAAGAUAACAUUCGGUGAACGCCCUUAUACCCCUGAGCAGCGACACCGAUUUUCUAGGAAGUCGCCCGGAAAAUGCACAUCUUCCACCAAUAACUCAAAACGGAGAUACAAUCCGGUCACAACUGAUCAUCCUGUGGAAAAGCCACUGCCCUCGUUUGAUUUACUCGGGUUGCUAUGGCAUCUUACCCGCAUUGCCUCAAUGCUAGGCGGCGGAGAAAACGAUGACAGCGAUGGCGACAGUGACGACAACACGAAUCCUGCUGUUCAGUUCAUGGAUCCAUCCAAGGAACCGCCUGAAAUUUCGACCACGUGGCCCUGA